CAUGCCCCGAAAUAGCUAAAAUGCAAACACUCUUUUCUUCCUUGGCCUUAAUAUUACCUUAUGAAUAAUUAAUUAUGAAACAGAUUUUAGACUUUGCACUUGCAUGCACUCAGCACUAGAUAUAAAUGCUGGUAUGCAAGUGGUAUGUGUCAACACAAAGCUAAAACAGUCACUGGUUCACUGCAUUAAAUUGCUGGUAGGAAGUUUCUGUGACUUUUGGGGAACCUACUUUUAGUUAGAUUAUAGACAAGGAUGGUUAUAUUUGCAUUUUGAAAUCCACUGCUCUCCACUACAGCUUCAUUCCUACACAGAAACGCAGCCAAUAUGGGGAAGCAGUGCACUGUAAUUGGUGGGUGCGGUUUCCUUGGCCACCAUCUUGUGGAGAGUUUGCAAGAACGGGGUUACUCCGUCAAUGUGUUUGACAUCAAGAGUACCUUUGAGGAUAAGCGAGUUAACUUCUUUGUGGGAGAUCUUUGCUCUAAGGAGGAGUUGUUGCCAGCUCUUCAAGGGUCAGAGGUCGUCUUCAACUGUGCCUCUCCACCGCCAUCCAGUAAUAAUAAAGAAAUGUUUUACAAAGUAAACUUUGAUGGCACAAAAAACAUCAUAGACACAUGCAAAGAAGCUGGUGUGAAGAAACUAGUUUUAACCAGUUCUGCCAGUGUAAUCUAUGAAGGCAAAGACAUCGAGAAUGGCAAUGAAGACCUGCCCUAUGCCAGCCAACCAAUCAAUUACUAUACAGAAACCAAAAUUUUACAAGAGAAGGUUGUUCUUGAAGCAAACAGUCCUGAUUUCUACACUGUAGCCAUCAGGCCUCAUGGCAUCUUUGGUCCCAGAGACCCUCAACUAGUUCCCACUCUAGUGGAGACUGCAAGGGCUGGCAAGACAAAGUUUAUGAUUGGGAAUGGCAAGAACCUUGUUGAUUUCACUUACGUCAAGAAUGUUGCACAUGGUCAUAUUUUGGCAGCAGAGAAACUGGGUAAAGACUCUCCAGUUUGUGGCAAGCCCUACCACAUCACCAACGACGAACCAAUCCCCUUCUGGUCUUUCAUGUCCCGCCUCCUCGUGGGUCUCAAGUACCCGCCCCCAAGGUACCACCUCCCUUAUGUCCUCAUCUACUAUCUGGCCCUCUUCCUGCAACUGGUCUGCUGGCUCUUGUCUCCAUUUGUCACCCUCAAGGUGACAUUCACUCCCAUGACAGUGGCGCUGGCUGGCACGUUCCAUUACUACAGUUGCGAGAGGGCCAAGAGGGACAUGGACUACGCACCCCUGAUAGGCCUGGAGGAGGCUAUACAGAAGACGGUGGAGAGCUACCCACACUUGAGAAAUCCCAAUGCACAAUAACAGACAGCCAUCUUUGUCAACCCCUAUUCAUUCUUUAUCGUCAUUGGUUGAAGUGCAGUCACACAAGGUUCACUGUUCAGCAGAGUUGCUGACUCAAGUCAUGUGACUUGGACUCAAGUCCCUAUUUUUGUGACUUGACUUGUAAAUACCAGCUUUGACU